AUGGAUCUCAUGCUAUACGAGCCACUGUGCCACAGCGACACCACACUAGCAAAGCGCUACCCUCCUAGCCUAGUGCUUCGAAUAUGGGAUCCCAGAACGUGUCAGAAAAUAAUGAAGCUACGGGGACACACCGAGAACAUACGAGCUGUUGUUAUCAGUCCUGAUGGCACAAAAUGUCUCUCGGCCAGCGCGGAUGCUACAGUUCGGUUAUGGGAUUUGGGACAACAGCGAUGUAUUGCUACAUGUCUAGUUCAUCAGGAAGGUGUUUGGACGUUACAGACCGACAAUGCUUUCUCGUUCGUGUACAGCGCUGGCAGAGAUAGACGAGUUUUUAGAACACCGAUUUGUGAUUUUGCACAAAGUCAUCUUUUGUUCGAGGAGGAGGCGUUUGUGAAGAAGAUGACUGGAAACCAUCGUGCCGAUCUUUCUACUGCGGUCUCUAUGCUUCCUGUGCUAAAUCUUGGAGCGAAUCACUUUUUAGUGAAAGAUUGGUUCACUGAAGUAUUCAGAUGGCCUGUACCUUCGAAUACUCAGUUAUCGAUCGGUGAUGGUCAGAUGGAAGACGAUUUUGCACAUCUCGCUAUCAGCUCCUUACAUCGUUCACCAGAUAUUGUGACACCGGGUGAGCAGCUCUUCAGUAGUUGCGCUGCGAUUCUGGCUUCUUAUGUUGCUACAGCAGGCAGAUUUCUUUUUCGUUGCAUGCUAUCUUUGCGACCAUUGUCUUUUUUAUUCUUUUUUUUUUUGUUUCUCAUUCCUUGUUUGUGUAAGUUCCUCUCAGUGCUUUGUCCGUUGCGUUCAUCUAUCUGGUCAGAUGUUCGUCUGAAAAAUCUUUCUCAGGAAAAAGUGUGUCAGCCGAUUUGA